UCCGUCCUCUCCAUCGCGAUCCUCCGUUCCAUUUCCGCUGCCUCUAGUCAACGCUCCGACGUCAAUUUUUACCCGCACUCGCUAGGAUCCUCUACCAACUUCUCCGCCUCCGAAUCACUUCGCGCUCUCAAACUCCCAUUAUUCGUAACCUGUUCACCAUCUUUUCUCGAUGGCGACCAUGUUAUUCAACCCUCAAACACCCCAGAGUCCUUCUCAAUUAUCUCCGAGCACAGGUGACCAGGUAUCGAGCAUGAAUAGCUCUAUGACCUCAAUCACUACUGCUUUGCCAACCCCGGCACACAGCGUUAAUGGAUCAGCCCAAGCGAUCGACAUGUCUCACGAUACCGCGAUAAACGAUAUUUAUUCCGCGAAGCGAAAAUAUCCAUUUGACGACGCUGGAGAUCACGAGCAGAAAAAGGUGUAUCUCGAGAAUCGCCGAGUUGGUAUUGAGAACCUACAUCUAGAUGUUGGCGAAAAAUACCUUCUUCGCAGUACUCCUUAUCCUGCGUCUUACCCGUCUCUUUCCGACGACUGGUUUAGUAUGUUCGAUUUAACCGGUGCUGCUGCCGAAGUCGCCCGCACAAAGCCUAAUGGCGAGAAGAAUGCGCUACGUAAGACGUACAAAGGGCAUAUUCGAACAUUGGGUCUAAGCGGCCACUUUGACGCUGUCAAGAAGGAACCAGAUACGCCAGAUACUCUGCUGGCAUUGUCCACUAUUCCUGAGGACGCGUGGCUUUCUUUGGAAGUAAGAGGAAGGGAGAUAGAGAAAGGGUUGGCACAGGUGAACCAGGCACAAUUAACCCGAGCAACUACGAUGGCUCGAGGCUUAAUACCGAAAGCAUCUUGGGACAAUUCCGUUCUUGGCGACUUAGCGCCUAGUACUCUACCGAAGAAGGCCGGUAACGACCAAUCCGCGCGACCAACGGCACCUAGCACACCAGCUGCCUCGGCGCUUGGAAUCACCCCGAAGCCGAGCAAGGCUUUGACGCCUCAGCUGGAUCGUGCCCGCCGACUUGGAAAGAAACGAAGUUAUCAGGACAGCAGUUUUGAGGGGUACGGCGAGGGCUAUGUCGAUGACGACGCGGGCGGAUAUUCAACGGGUGACGGAGAUGAUCGAUCGAAGCUGAAGCGCAGAAAACAGGUAACCCGACUGGGAAAGCAUCAUUCGCCGGUGCCAGCGGUCAGCACUACGGCAGUAGGAUAGGAACAUAGUCCGAAGAUACCCAGUCGAAGACGAUAUGACG